AACUUAUGUCUUAAUAUUGUACGACUUGCUGAUCAGGCACCGUUUAUAAAGGUUGUACAUGCUGCAGUUAACUACUAAACUGUAUUAAUGGUGGGUAAAUCGUUUACCAAUGCCUUACAGACGAGUUAUAAUGAAGACAACUUUUGGGUUGCCAGGUUGUGAAUCCUCCUCAUAAGGACUUCUUCGUAGUUAGUUUGUUAAUUAGUCAUUAACAAAUAUCCCCAUGUUUCUCACUUUUUAAUAAAUCAUCUUUUGUGCAGUAAAUAACCCAUUAAUAAAGGGUGACAGGUUUCUCAAUUUGUAAUAAGCCAUCAGCAAAAGUCAAUCACCUAUAAAUCUUGAUAAAUUAUUAAUUAAUAACCCAUCAAGUAGCCUGUGCAGUUAUAAAAGUUCAUAAGAUGUUUAUGAAUAGAUUUUGAUCCUGCAGCUCUUUUCCAGAAGAUAAGUGGUCAAACAGUCCACUGGAGAGAUCACAAGCUCACUAACAAGACAAAAGUGACAUGCCGGAGGAAAACCCAAAGGUUGUUCAUAACUAAUUUUUAAAGCAUUAGUGGCUGAUUUAUAUGAUUAUAUCUGCAGAUAAAUCCAUACAACUUAUAAAUGCUUUAUAAAUGGUGCCUUAUUAGAGAGCAGCACCCUUAAGAUAAAUAUGAGAGCACAAGCAACCUAAAGAUGACUGCUAAUGAUCUCAUCAUUCAUAGAGCAGAUCCCUUUGAAGCAAGAAAUCAAUAUCACUGUGUGUAGAUAUAUCACAGUACAAGUUUAAGGUAUUUGUAGUUAAUUUAAGAACUCUCAUUUUCUGUUACCGUCUUUUUACUCCACUACUCCACAGAAUAAAGAGAAGUCAAAAAUGAUCUCCACUUCUACCAGCUACAACAUUAGAAGACACAUUUAGGCAUCAGCAAUAUUAAAUCAGUAGGCAAAUAAAAGAGACACAGCCAAAUUACACUGUCAGGAGUCAUUCCACUGCAUUCUAAACAGUAUUUUUACCAGUGGGAUGUAUUGUUACUACUGGGCAACUCUUUCUGUAAUCACUUAUCUGUAUAAUUCCAUUAUGAGCACAAACUCAAGGAGCAUAGUUCCAGGGCUUCAUUUCUUCCCCACCAGUGAAGAAUUAUCAGACUUACAGUGUGUGUCCAGUGUUCACAGAACUGAAUGAACGUUAGCUCCACCCAGUUUCAUCCUCUCAUAAAACACAUGAACACAGCUGUGGAGACCUUCCCGAGCACAACCACCCUCCUCUCCGGAGCUGACCUGAACUCGACCUCAACAGCUUCAGUUCAUCCUCAGCAAGAGUUGAACAAAGAUAUCUAUACAGAUUCUGUUUUUAAGUCAGCUGGAAGGUCUGAACUUUUUCCACGACCCGAGCGCAAUGCGUCCUCUGAAUGACAGUGACUUUGUGGAUGCGGAGGACGUGGCGAGAGAUGAGAGUCUGGCCAGAGUGGAGAUCGCGCUACUCGGUGUCAUCUUCGUCAGCGCCGCCAUCCUCAACACCGCCGUGCUGCUCGUCUUGUGGAGGCAGCGCAAACAGAUGUCCAGGAUGCGCAUCUUUGUCUUUCACCUGUGCCUGGCGGACCUGGUGGUCGCGCUCUUCCAGGUGUGCCCGCAGCUCAUUUGGGACAUCACAGACAGAUUCGCCGGACCAGACCUGGUGUGCCGCCUGGUGAAGUACCUGCAAGUCCUGGGCAUGUUUUCGUCCACUUACAUGAUCGUAGUGAUGACAGUGGACAGAUACCAAGCUGUCUGCAACCCGAUGGUGAAGUUCCAGCGGUCACGCACGAGACUGAACGUCCCCGUGUGCGUCGCCUGGGGGAUUUCUCUGCUUGGGAGCCUGCCACAGGUUUUCAUUUUCUCACAGGUCGAGGUUGCACCCGGUGUGCUCGACUGCUGGGCUAAAUUUAUCCAACCGUGGGGGCUGCAGACUUACAUAACGUGGACCACGUUGAUCAUUUUCGUUUUACCUGUUACUACAAUCAUUGUUUGCCAAGUGCGCAUCUGCCGGGCCAUCCAGAUCAACCUGUACCAACAAAAGACCCAACAGCGGGGCGGCGUGGGUCUCCCGCUGCCAUCCAGAGCCAGCGGUGUGGCAGGCAUGUCUAAAGCCAGGGUGAAGACGCUGAAGAUGACGGUGGUUAUCGUGCUGGCUUACAUUGUCUGCUGGGCUCCCUUCUUCACUGUCCAGCUUUGGUCUGCCUGGGACGCACAUGCACCAAAAGAAACUGCGACUUUCACCAUCCUGAUGCUGCUGGCCAGUCUGAACAGCUGCGCGAACCCCUGCAUUUAUCUUCUGUUCAGCGGCCAGUUUCCCAGGAGGCUGGUGGCACUCCUGUGCCAGAAACAGUCCAACGGUAAACACUCAAUACACGAGGAGGCGACGCUGGUCAGCACGUUGUACAUGAGUUUCAAAAAUGUCUCUGAGUCCAAAUGAGGGCAACGGAUCACUGGGAAAUGGGGGGAAAGCUGUAUGGAAAAGCGUGCGAGAUCGGUGCGCCUCGCGGAGCUGCCUCCGAGCUCUUUCUCUCUGCAUUGGACGACUGUUCCUCUCAACAGAAGGCAUGAGGACGGGACCAACUGUGUCUCUGUCAUAUAAAAAUAUGGUGCAUC